UGUGCACAAGCAGCCCUCAAACGCUUCCCAUGAACAAUUCUUGCCUGACGAACGCGGUGCACCUCAACAACGUCAGUGUUGUUUCUCCAGUCAAUGUGCAUAUCAAUACACGGACUUCAGCACCAUCGCCAACAGCCUUAAAACUUGCCACAGUUGCUGCCAGUAUGGACAGAGUGCCAAAGGUAACUCCUAGCAGUGCCAUCAGCAGUAUAGCCAGAGAGAACCAUGAACCAGAACGACUGGGUUUAAAUGGCAUAGCAGAGACAACAGUAGCCAUGGAAGUGACAUAACCUCAAACCCGUGUCUCAACCUGUGCUAAUGGUGUAGUCAUUUAUAUUCCGACUGAAUGCAAAAUACAGCGCUCUGUGGAUCACAGAGAACUGAAAUGGACCUAAAUGGACUAUCAUUAUAUCGUGUAUUAAGUCGAUGUAUAAUGUAAAUUUUGUAAAAUUGGGAAAAUCACUACCUUGUAAAAUAGUUUAUUUGUAUCAUCAAUAUUAUUUCUGUUACUUGAAUAGUAGAUAUUCAUCAUCAUGCUUUUGCACUUGAAUUUGCAACUGAAUGGAUUAAAAAAUAAUUCUUUAAUGGGAUCAUGAGCAUGAAAUGGGAUCCUGCAUCACUUGUUUUAACUAUUUAUUUUGCCAUGUUUACAUUUUGUAUCUUGUACAAAUAAAUCCAACUUUGUGUCUAAAAAAAAAAAGUUAAAGAUUCAUAGCUAGGAAACAAAAUUCUUGUAAUUUUUUUCUAAAGGAAAUGUAAAGUUUUCACUUGGUUCAUUUUGUUUCACAAUUUGACUAGAUGGACUUUUUGGUAAAUACUUUAGUGGCAUUUCACUGUCAAAUAUGAAGUUCAAGGCAAAAUAGUAUUUUCUAUUACUGUGCAGGGGAAAGGGAUGGAUCGAUACAUGCAAAUUUAAUGUAGUAACUCACUUUUCCAUAUAUUUUGAAUGUAUAUUUCUAUUUAUAAUACCAGUUUAUAAAAAAUAAUUACACAGGAAAAAAAACUGACUAGGAAAAUUAUGCAUCUAGCACAUAUAAAAUUGUGCAGAUACAAGAAAAUUUUCAACUGAUUACAUUUUAUCUGAAGACUGCAUAUUUUAACCGGCUUUAAAACUGUAACACACCACAUAAAGGAUAUUUUACCAGGUAUGUAUUGCAUUAUAUAUCAUUGCAAUAAUUAAUUAUUGGAUGUCUAGAUAUCGAGCCAUCCCAGGCGGUG